AUGACUGUAGAAAUCACCAAACAUAAGCAACCAGAAUCUGAAGGAACCUUCGUUACUAUGGACAAGAAACUGAAACUCGACCAAAAGCCAAAGAUGUUAUUCCGUAAAGACUAUUUUGGAAUUGAUAAUAUUAUCAAGUGGGAUGUUGAAGAGUAUGUCAAUAAUCACAAGAAGUAUCCCUACUUGACAGAGUUCAUUGGUGCUCUACCGGAUGACCAUGAGAUAAAUGCCUUUGUGGAUUUCGACCUUUCUUAUGCCACAGAAGAAGAUUUACCCUCGGAUGAGGAAGAAGAUGCUAUUCAAAUUUUUGUUCUGCAAACUUUUGAAUCCUUAUUUUUAAAUGAUCUUUUUUCUUACCGAUGUGCAUUUUGCAGGAAAGGCUUUGCGUCUAAGAAAGAGAAGAGUGAAGAGACAGGAGAAUAUGUAGAGAAGGGCAAGUGGAAAGUAUCGUUCCGCAUCUUUGCUGACCUGCGCACCACUCAUAAAGAGAUGCGAAACCGCUUGCUUCACUACUUUCCCGACAUGAGCAAAGCGCCUGCUUGUAUUCGUGAUAAGACUUUUGAGCAUGAUUCGUUUUUUGACCCUUCCGUCUAUGAAAAAAAUCGCAAGAUUUGCUGCGUGGGGAAGAGAAAGAGCCAAUAUGACUCGCGGGUUCUAGAACAUCUUGAUACCGCCGACCCAUUAGAAGCCUUCUUGAUUCAACACAUCGACAAGUAUGCAGAAUGUGCGGAGUGGGCUAUUCAAAUGGCAGAUCAAAAAGAAGCCCCAAAAAAGCAAAAGACCUCUACAAAGUCCACGAAGAAAUCCAAUGAUUCUUUUGAGCAAAUGGCAAAGGAAGUUAUUCUGGAAUCAUUUCCUAAUGUGUACCUGCUUCGAGAUCUCGGGAAAGCCGAUCAAUUAGAUCAUGGAAUCAAUGUCUUUGUCAAGACAAAACACUGCUUUCUCAUCGACGCCAAUCAUGAUGUAUCUGUGGCUACUAUGUACUUCUCCAUCACGAAGUCAGGAAUCAAGUUUACAUGUAAGCAAUGCGAUGAGGAGACCGAUGCAAAGCCUCACAAGCAUACUGGCAUCAAAAAAUUGUUCACUCGGAUUAACAGUCCUAUCCAAUCAGAUGAUGCUCUUUUACAUGCAUUAACUUCUCCUAGCCAUCUCGGUAUUGCCCGGGCACUAGCGGCGAAAAGCGAGGGUGACAUUCUCUUCGAUGGUAGCAACUUUUGGAUGUUUCGGAAGCAGUGGGUUAUCAUAGCCGAUCAAGUUGUCCGGCUAUUUAUGAAGAACACGUUGAACCCCCAGUGUGAGCAGUACGUAACAGAACUUUAUGAUCGUCUAUCUGAAGAAGAGGAUAAAGACAAGAAAGCCGACAUCUUGGAACAAAUAAGGAAAGUCGAACGCGGGCACAAACUUUUAACUACUAACACCGACAUAAAAUCCAUCAUCUCUUGCCUCAAAACGGAGGUGUACAACGAGGGCUUCCUGAAAUGCCGAGAUAACAACCCUAAUAUUAUUGGAUGCAAUAACGGGUACUUUGAUCUGCGGGAUUAUACUUUCAAGCAGUACACAAAGGACAUCUUCAUCACGCAUACUGUUGGCUAUGACUACUUUGAACGGGAUGAAGAUUUUGACCCAGACACAUAUCAGCAAGUAUUAGGUGUCGUGGCACAAUACUUCCCAGAGGAUGACGAACGAGAGAUCGCUCAAAUAUUCUCAGGAUACUGUCUACGUGGUGAUCAUAAGGAGAAGAUCUUUUGCGUUUUCACCGACAAGAGCGACGGCUUCAAUGGUAAGACAAAGUUUGCUCAGAUGAUCACCAUUGCUAUGGGAACUUAUGCGACCGAAGGUAACAACGAUCAUCUAUAUGUAAGUACCAGGUUCUCGAACCAAAAUGGUCAUAAUGCAGCAAUGUUUGCCCACGAAGGAGACCGACUGGCAAUCUAUGAUGAGAUGGAUGAAAAGAAGACUAUAGACACGAAAGAGAUGAAAAGACGCAAUGGAGGCGCUACUAGAGGCAAAGGUUGUAGACCAUCUUCAAAGGAGUUUGAGUUUGUCGAUUUCAUGACAAAAAUGAUCAUGAUUUUUAACAAUGGAAACCAACCGAAAUACGAUACCAGUGAUAAUCCUUUCCUGGAGCGGAUGCUUGUAUUGCCUUUUCGAGCCAAGUUCCUUAGUCCCGCUGAGUACGAAAAAUCGGAAUAUCAAUACAAAUUCUUAGCAAAUCCUCACAUCGACGAACGUUUCUCUGUGUGGCGUCCUUACAUACUCAAGUGGAUGAUUGAAGGGCACAAGAAGUACAUGGAAAAAGGAUUUAAUGACAUCCCGGCUGAAUGCCGUAAGUGGAAGGAAGAUGUCACCAAAGACGUUGAUAACAUAGAAGAAUGGAUCAAUGAACACAUUGAAAAGGUUGAUGAUCUCGACUGCUUUGUUACUACAGCAGAGAUCCGAGGAAAAAUGGAUCGAGAAAUCCAGGAAUACUUCAAAGGUAAAAAAGGUCAUCUUGUGGAGCGAUUGAAAGUCUACCUUGACAAUUAUGUCAAGGAAUCUCGACUGAAAAUUGACGAGUGGAAUGUGGAUGGGACACAAAAGGACAAGAAAUUUACAGACUUUUUCCGUGGAUACAUGAUCAACUGUUAG